CCAGAGAACCAGAACAAUAUUCAAGGAGUUGCAACAAGGGCAAGUCCUCGACGAAGUGUUCGGACAGCUCGCACCCCGAAACACCAGAACGGUGAGGAGCAAGAAGAAAACGACGGGGAUUCGUCUCCUUGGAGUUCCUCGACGGACAACAAGAAGACCCGCAAGCGGCCACAUUACCUCAGCCAUGAAAUCCGAUGCCAGAUCAUCGAGCGGAUUGCGGGAGGCGAGCAGCAGGCUGCACUAGCGAGGGAGUUCGGCGUCACGAGGGCCGCUGUGUGCCACAUCCAGAAGCACAGGUUCGAGAUCCUGUCGCGACCCGUGCCUCAGCAAGCUCGAGACGAGGAUGCGAUUGGGUCUGGGUCAGCGCAACAGCUCGUGCAUGAAGUACGGACGCCCUCAAUGUUCCUGCUGCUUACAACGCUGCGUGACCGUAGAUCAGAUGCCCCCACCUUCCGUCGCGCCGCUGGCCGAGCCAUCAUGAUCCUGAUCGAGGACGUGUUGGGCCAGCUCGACGCUCGCGCUGUGGAGGUCGUCACUGCAAGCGGCCACAUCGCCCCAGGGUUAGAACGAAGAAGCCCGCUGUGUGCUGUGACGAUUGGAGACGAAGGCUUCCCAUUCUCCAUGCUCUUCCACCAGUUUGAAGUGGAUGCCGCUCAAGGCUACAUCCACGUAAAUCGCGCCGUCGACCAGCGUGGCCGUCGCUACUGGUGUCUGGAAGAUGUGGACCUACCAGCCUCCAUCGCUUCGUGCAAGGUGCUGCUAUUUGCAGCAACCUGCAGCACUGGCGAGCGCGAGUGCAAAGCCAUUGAGGCACGUGAGUUGGGUCGCGGCGAGGCUUAUAUCACCCUCGUUUCGAUCGUGUGCGCGUCGGACGCGAUCGUGGCUGUGUGCAAUCGCUACCCGCAGGUCCGUAUCGUCACGGCAGCGAUCGACAACUCAGUGGAUCCGCACACAGAGGACGUCGUUCCCGGGAUUGGCAACUUCAUAGCUCGCUACAACGGC